AUGAAUGCUAAAGGGGAGAUUGAGCGAUUCAAAGCCCGGCUAGUAGCAAAGGAGUACAAGCAGAAAGAUGGAAUAGACUAUGACGAGGUGUUUGCACCCGUAGUGAGGAUGGAAUCAAUCAAGUUGUUGAUCUCACAUGCAACCCAUCUUGGAUGGCCGAUCUAUCAAAUGGAUGUGAAAUCGGCGUUCUUACACGGUGUACUUGAGGAGGAUGUAUAUCUCAAACAACCUCCGGAUUUUAUGAAAGUCGAACAAGAAAGAAAAGUGUUAAGGCUGAAGAAAGCUUUGUAUGGGCUGAAGCAGGCACCGCGGGCUUGGAAUACCCGUAUUGACUCUUAUUUCAAGAAGGACGGAGUUGAGCAAUGUCCAUAUGAACAUGCCCUGUAUGUGAAGAAGACAGAAGGUAAUAUUUUACUAGUUGCUUUAUAUGUUGAUGAUCUAAUCCUCUUGGGAAAUGAUGAAGGGAUGAUACAAGACUUUAAGAAGAAAAUGACAAAAGAGUUCGAGAUGACAGAUCUCGGUCUGAUGAGAUACUUCCUUGGUCUGGAAAUCAGACAAGACAAAUCCGGGAUCUUCGUAUCUCAAGAAGCUUAUGCAAAAGAUAUCUUAAAGUUUUGGUUCAAAAUGAUAGAUUGCAAUCCGGUUUCAACUCCUAUGGAACCCGGCUUAAAACUUUCGAAGUAUGAUGGAGGAGAAAGAGUUGAUCCGGGUAAUUACCGGAGUCUAGUAGGAUGUUUGAGGUAUUUAACUUGUACGAGGCCAGACUUGUGUCUAAGUGUUGGGAUUAUAAGCCGGUUCAUGGAAGAUCCGAGCUACACACAUUGGAAGGCAACAAAGAGGAUAUUGAGAUAUGAUCAAGGAACAAUCUCGCAAAGACUUCAUUAUUCGAAGUCAGAUAAGUACAAGCUGGUGGGAUAUUCAGAUAGCGACUGGUGUGGAGAUGUUGAUGACAGGAAGAGCACAACUGGCUAUGUGUUUUUCAUGGGAAACCCGGCAUUCAUGUGGGUGUCAAAGAAGGAACCCAUUGUGACUCUAUCUACAUGCGAAGCUGAGUACGUUGCUGCAUCCUGGUCUGUUUGUCACGCAAUGUGGCUGAGGAAUCUAUUGAGCAAAUUGGAGCAAGAACAAGUCGACCCAACCGAGAUCCGGGUUGACAACAAGUCUGCAAUCGAGUUAGCAAAAAACCCGGUCAACCAUGAGAGAGUAAGCAUAUUGAUGUCAGGUUUCAUUUCAUCCGGGAUCAAGUUAAGGAAGGAAAGGUGGAGCUCACUCAUGUUGCAAGCCGAGAUCAAGUGGGUGACAUAUUUACGAAGUCGUUGCCAACGUUGCUGUUAG